GAUGAAUCCAGAUCUAAUGUGCAAUUUAUACUCCUAAGGCUAAUAUUACAAUCCAUUCUAUUACUUACAACAAUAAUAGAUGCUAUAAUAUAGUAAUAUUUAUCCAUUCUAUGUCAUAAAGUGAUGUUUUAAUAGUUGACCCCUACCAUAUCGAUGCCCUCAUAUAAGUAUGAAACACAGUUCAUUUUGAAUAAUGGAACGACACACCAAUAGAUUGAAUCACCAAAUAUCACAAAUACUGCCCAAAAUACUCAUUCAACUGAAGUUGACUAUGGACUAGAAGAAAAGUGUGAAUUGGUUGAUGACGAGUCUCAAUCAAGAGUAAAUGGUAUGUAUUAUUCUUAAGUAUAGGACAUUGGACUAAACAAGAACAUUUAUUAUAUCUAGAAUUCGUUAAGAGUCAUGAGUCUAUUUUAAGGUCGAAGUAUGAUAAAAAGUCAAAAAAAAUAUUUAAAUUAAUGAGUCAGUUUAUCCCAACAAGAACAGCUACUCAAUGUCGAUCUCAUCAUUAGAAAUUUAAUCCCUUGGCAAAAGGUAAAAAGAAAAAUAGAUAAAUAAACAAACAAAUCCCAACUAUCAUCCAUCAAUGAAA